GAUCUAGUGAAAUUUGACCCUUUCAAUCCGCAAGCACAAGAAAACUCCCAAAGACGAGAAGAAAUGGAAUAAUCGAUGUAAAAAACGAAAGCUGUUGCCCCAAAACGACGUUCUCUAAUUCAAAGUUAAUUCCUCACUUGACACCUAUCGAAACCGGGCGCUGGUCCAUCCCAUAACUUUCGAAUUCUUACAACGCCACUGACACGACAGCUGCUUCUGCAAUCAUAAUACAAAUCACAUGUUAAACGUCAAAUUGACUCCUCAAAGUUUACAAACAAUCCAAGUGCAAUGCCCUCGUUUUGUGUUGUCUCCAAUUGCGAAUAUAAAUACACGCACGUCGAGAAUGUUUCGUUUCACAAAUUCCCGUACAAUUCACCGGAUAUUCUUGCCAAGUGGAUUAAGUUCGCAGAUCGCGGUCCGAAGUGGAAACCGUCGCGUUGGAGCGCUAUAUGCAGUCGUCACUUCUUGCCAAGUGAUUUUCGCAAUUUGAUAACACGCAAAUGUUUGAAGAAGGACGCAGUACCGUCGAUUACGAUUAAGCAGUUCACUGGGAACUUUUUGGAUCUGCAAAGUAACGAUGACCCGAAGAAAGUAGACUCGAAAUUUAUUGAUAAUAAUUUUCAAAUGACACUCGAAGAACAACAGGACGUAAACUGCCGGCUUUGUGGUCUUUGUUGUAAAAGUAUCGAAACAUUCACAACAAACUUUGAAGUCUUCGGAAUGAUAAAAAAGUGUUUUCCUACUUUGAAUAUUCAGCAAGACGACGACUUUCCCAAGAACAUAUGUACAACCUGUCUUGACCGACUUCACCUAUUUUCCGAAUUUGUAGAUGAAGUGCUCAGAACCCAAAAAGACUUAGAAAGCAAAUUCAACAAUGAACAGAACCAACUUCAAAUAAUGAAUAUUGAAAAGUCACUAAAAAUCAAGCAAGAGCCAGUUAUCAAAGUGAAACAGGAAGUAAACGAAGGAGUUCACAGUACGACAAGCGAUGACUUAGAAAAUGAAGGCAACGACGAACAAGACGACUGUGAUCAAAAGUCCCAACUUCAUUACCAUCUGCCAAUAGUUAAUUCAGAAGAAAUCAUCAAUAAUUGUGACAUUAUGGAAAUUAUAUCAUUGGAUGAUGCAUUCAUAGAUAUUCCAGACGAUGAUUUUGGUGAAGAGACUCCGACCCCCACUCAAGAGCCAGUAAAAAUACAAACUUUCAAAAACAUCGACGAUCAUAACUAUGCAAAAUCAGCUGCUGAAAGUACGGAAAUAUCAAAAGAGCCGUGCUAUAAAACAGAAACCAAUGAAGACCAUGACUUGGAUGUUCAAAUAUCGUCAGAACCCAACAUCGUUGUUAUAGACGAAAGUAUAGUUAAAUCGGGUCCUACCAUUCCCUGUUUCCAAUGUGAUAUUUGUGCCCUAGUCUUUCUUCAUGAAUCCACAUUAAACGAACACAAAAGCCUUUAUCAUGCUCCAGCCAUUCGAAUAUGUGUUCCAUGUAACUUACAUUUCGAUUCAUUCUAUAAAUUCCUCAAACAUAAAAAUAAAUUUCAUAAAUUCGGUAAAAAACAAUUAGCGAAGAAGAAAACCAAUUUAAAUUGUCCAAUGUGUGAAAAGACGUUUACCAGUAAAUUGGCCUUGAAUAAUCACCGGAAAUACAUUUGUGAUCAUCAAUAUGAACAAGAGUAUGAAUGCAAGCAUUGUGGCAAGAAGUUAAGUAGGUGGAGUUUGUUGCGACAUCAUGAGAAGAUUUGCAGACAGGAAACUGAUCUAACGAUGGUGGGCGAAAAACAAGAUCACGAACAACCUUCAUCCACCACACCCUCCUUUACAUCAUUCACAGUCAACAGUCUUCCUUCAGGAUCUCAACUAAAAGUUAAGCCCAAUAAAAACGGUCAAUUUGAGUGCCCCAUUUGUGAGCGAACCUACACCAGGCGGCCGAACCUCUUCAAGCACCAAGUAACCCAUCGACCCUCGUCCCUCUGGAAUCACAAAUGCGGGGACUGCAAUAAGCUUUUCGAUCAUAUCUACGAUCUUCGCCGUCAUCUGAAAACCAAGGCAUGUUCCGGUAACAAUAAAGUCGAUGGAGCUGAUGAUAACGACCAGAAGCCGCCACAGACGCCUCAGCAACUAUUUUUCAUCUGUACGAUUUGCGGUAAACAACUGAAAACACUGCAACGCUUGAAGCAACACAGUAUUUCGCAUACGGGCAAGAAGCCAUAUGUUUGCGAAUCGUGCGGAAAAUCUUUCGUAAAUGUUUACAAUUUAUAUCAACAUCACAUUACACACUCGGACGUGCGGCGCUACAAAUGCGAUCUUUGCGAGAAGGUCUUCAAACGACGGGGCGGCCUCAAUCAACAUAAACGUGCGUAUCAUUUCAAAAUUAAGCCCCACGAGUGUCCUACGUGUAAACACCGCUAUGCACUCAAAGGUGAUAUGAUAAGGUGCAAGCAUUCAUUGUUAAGACAAUAGCUACAUAGAUAGUUGUGUAAACACGCUUGAAUUAAAAACCAUUUUUAUAAAACAUAUUGAACUUUUUAUAUUUAAUUGGCGAAGGGGUUACAUCAUUAGAGGCUGUUUGGAAAAAUAUAUUAUUAUCAUUAAUAUGUCGCGAUGGCUAAUAAAAAGAUGAGUACUCCGUUAA